AUCGGCGUCAUCAAUGGUGUGUUCAUCCAGGAGACAUUCAAGGUCGCCUCGACCGACGACAACCUCAUGAUAUAUCAGAAGGAGCGCGCGGUGCGUUUGCACAGCCAGAAGAUGAAGCGCCUUUUCCGCGCGGCGGACGAGACUGGCGACGGGGUGCUCGACCACGGAGGAAUUCAGCAACGCUAUGAGCGACAGAGACGUGAAGACGUGGAUGGCAUCCAUGGAGCUCGACGUCAGCGACGCGGCCAGCGUUUUUCUGCUCGUGGACAAGGACGGCGACGGCACCCUGACCCCAGAGGAGCUCGUGCAGGGCGUGGCCCUCCUGAAGGGCGCGGCCAGGAGCAUUGACCUGCACAUGCUGCGCCGGGAGGUCGUUUCCACGGCUCACAGAACCCGAAGGUUAAACAAAUGCGCGAAGACGCUUGUUCAUAGGUCUGGCCGAAUUUUUUGGGGGUGGCGCCGACCCCUGAAGUCUGCGCGGACCUCCGAGAGUUUGUGUUCAUGCAAUAUUUACGUCUUCUACGUAUCACCCCAGAUGCGAACAAGACGCAGGUUCAAUUGUCAAUUUCCGCUGGUAACGUCACGGCUCUGGGCGGCUCUUGGCGCAUCGCGUUCCACAUGCCGAAG